CAUUUGCCAUUUUACAUUGUGGUAUUGUAAUACACACUUUUAUAUGAAGUUCCUGCACUCAACUAAACAGUUUACACAGCCGCCAAUAAUGUUGCAAAUGUCAAUAUUUUUGUAAAACCUACAUACAUAUACGUAUAAAAGAGAAUUGAAGUCCAUCCUCGAUGAUGCUCGUAACAAUUCUUGUAUCUUCGGCCCUACAUCUAUGUCGAUGUUUUUAUUCAACAGUGCUAAUCCUGAGGGCAAAGGGCCUAUAGGGGAACAGGAAGGCUGUACACUGAUCACUGAUCCAUCGAAACCGAUUUUCUUUCUGGUCCAUGGUUUCAUCAGCUCAGCGAACACGACAAAUAAUUAUGAUUUGGCCUCGAAAUUAGUAAAGAAAGGCGGCACAGUAUUUUCACUAGAUUGGUCUACUGCAGCUUGCAAGAACGGACCACCUGGAUUGAAGCUGCUGGAAUAUCCUGAAGCAGUAAAGAACACUCGUGAAAUAGGACAACUUAUGGCAAAAUAUGUUAUAUCACUAGUGAAGGGCUGCAACAUUCCACUGAAUAACAUGACAUUUAUCGGUCACAGUCUUGGUGCACAUGUAUGCAGCUUUGCUGCUAAAAAAAUCCAAAAUACAAUUGAUGAUAAAGUCGAAUUGAUCAUAGGUGCCGACCCAGCAGCUCCACUCUUUGAAAAAAACAAGUGUAAUGAGAGACUCUGCAUAACAGAUGCCAAGCAUAUAGUAGUUCUUCACACAUCAGUGCUUGGAUUCACGAACGCAUGUAACCCUUCGCCAUGUAGACUGAUAGGUCAUGUCAUCCUGCAGGUUAAUGGUGGAACGAAGCAACCAGAAUGCGCGGCUGUGGAUGUUCCAUGUUCACAUACCAGAUCCUUACAGUUGUUGUAUCUUAUGUCAAACACAUGUGUAUAUCCUGGUGUUAAAAUGCCAAAACCAACAUUGCUCGGGAAUAUAUUCGGAAGCACGCCGUCUUAUCCUGGUCCCACUACAACUGAUUGCAUUGUCCUGAAUGAUCAGAUUUUCAAUUUCAAGCCAAGUGACAAACUCAAUGAAGGAAAUUACUACUUAUUCGUCGAAAAGAAGUUCCCUUAUUGUACAAACGAAUCUUUUAGUUGCAACUCAUUGAUAAUACCAAGUAAAUAGUAACUGAAUGUGAAAUGUUCAACUUGCAGUAGAAACAUAGUUUAAAUGGCACAGUUAAAUAACCAAUAAAAUCGCACCAGCAAAGGA